GUGGGCCUCCCCGCGCUGUCGCCGACGAUGGAGGUCGGCACGAUCCAGAAGUGGCACGUAGAGGAAGGGGGGAGCUUCGGCGAGGGCGACACGAUCUGCGAGAUCGAGACGGACAAGGCGACGAUCGAUUUUACGGCCCAGGACGAGGGCGUCGUCGCGCGGCUCCUGCAGCCCGAGGGCACCGAGAUCGCCAUCGGCACGCCGAUCUUGGUCAAAGUCGAGGACGCCGCGGACGCCGGAGCUUUCGCGGACUUCGAGGCGCCAGCCGCCGCGGCGCCGCCGGCCGCGGCGCCGGCCGCGGCGGAGGCGGCGGCGCCGGCGGCGCCGGCGCCGGCCGCGGCCGCGCCCGCCGCCGCGGGGCCCGCGGCGAACCCCGACGCGCGGCUGAUGCCCGCGGCGGCUUUUAUGAGCCGUUCCCAAAACAUCGACGUGAGCGGUCUGGUCGGCUCGGGCAAGGGCGGCCGCAUCACGAAGGGCGACGUACUCGAGGCGCUCGCAGCGGGCACGGCCUUCCCGGCGCUCGGGGCGGCAGCAGCAGCCCCGACGGCGGCGGCCGCGGCACCGGCCGCGGCCCCACAAACCGAACCAUUCCAGCCUUUACCCAGGGUGCCCUUCGACCCCUCCACCAUACCCACGAGCGGCGCCCCUUUCGAAGAUGUGCCGGCGACGACGAUGCGCAAGGUCAUCGCCAAGCGCUUGACGGAAUCUAGGGCCUUCGUGCCCCACGCCUUUUCGUCGAUCGAGGCCGACUUAGCUGGCGUGGCCAAGUUGCGGAAGCACCUCAUGAAUGAAUUCGGGGUCAAGGUCUCCGUGAACGACGUCGUGAUCAAGGCCGUAGCUUUGGCGUUGCGGGACGUCCCGCGCGCGAACUCGUCCUGGGACGGCACUACGAGUGUACCAAAUGAUCAAAUUGAUAUUAGUGUGGCCGUGGCGACGCCGGCGGGGUUGAUCACGCCGAUCGUCUUCGACGCGGCCGGCAAAGGGCUGAGCGUCAUCUCGGCCGAGGUGAGAGACCUCGCGACACGUGCAAAAGACAACAAGCUGAAGCCCGAGGAGUUCCAGGGCGGCACCUUCACGGUGUCGAACUUGGGGAUGUUCGGCAUCACGGAGUUCAGCGCCGUCGUGAACCCGCCCCAGGCCUGCAUCUUAGCUGUCGGUGGGGGUGUCAACAAGCUUACGAUGGAGAACGGUGACGUGAGGCAGGUCACGACGAUGACGUCGCGGCUGUCGUCGGACCGCCGCGUCGUCGACGAGCCGACGGCGGCGGCCUUCCUCCAGGCCUUCGCCCACUAUGUGGCCCACCCCGAGCUCCUGAGCGUCUAGGCCCGUAAGUAUCGCUGUAUCAUC